UGGAAGCCGAAAAUAGCUAUCAUCAAGGCGAAGGAUGAGCGACUCGAUCUCACAGACCAAGGUGCCGCAGGACGAGUUCGAGGUGCUGCAGCAACUGGGCGAAGGUUCGUAUGGUAAAGUGUACAAGGCAUUGAAUCGAGGCACGGCCCGCGUCGUCGCGUUGAAAGUUGUACCGGUCGAAAGCGAUGACAAAGAGAUGAUGGAUCUGACCAAGGAGAUCCGCAUCCUGGAGAAGUGCAGCUCGCCGUUCAUUGUGCAAUACUACGGCAGCAUCCUCUACGAGAACAACUUAUGGAUCGAAAUGGAAUUUUGCGAAGCGGGGUCGGUCGCCGACAUGAUGCGGGUGUCGCAAACAUGCCUCACCGAGAAAGAGGUUGCCGCCGUGUGUGCCAACGUUGUCAAGGGUCUCACAUAUCUCCAUGCACAAAAUAACAUCCACCGAGAUAUCAAAGCCGGCAACGUGCUGCUGUCGUCGUCCGGCCUCGCUAAGCUAGCCGACUUUGGCGUGUCUGCCCAAUUGACCAACACGAUCAACAAGCGAAAGACAGUCAUCGGUACUCCUUUCUGGAUGGCGCCGGAGGUCAUUCAGGAGACGCAGUACGAUGGCAAGGCUGAUAUCUGGUCACUUGGCAUCACAGCCAUUGAAAUGGCUCAAGGCGACCCACCGCUAUGCAACAUGCAUCCCAUGCGGGCAAUAUUCAUGAUCCCGAGCCGCCCACCGCCCACAUUAGCUGACCCAGCGAGGUUUUCGCCCCAUUUCUCCGAGUUUCUCGCAGCGUGUUUGAAAAAGGACGCGGCCCAGCGGCCCACGGCAGAGGCGCUGCUGGCUCACCCGUUCCUGAAGAAAGACGUCGACAGACUCGACAACAUGCUUCCGGGAGGAUUGCCGGCACUGCAAGAACUUGUCGACCGCAACCUGGAAGCGCUGAGUCAAGACCGCGAAGGCCCCGUCGACAUGAACGAUGUGCAAGUUACAUAUGCGGAAGGCAGCGGCACGAUGGUGAAUGUGAACAAUACGAUUGUUCACUCUGGAAGUGGUCACGACGACGCUGGGUACGGGACCAUGGUAUUUCGAGGGAACACUGGCAAAGGACUCCGGCCUGGAUCUCGCGACACGACGGAGCUGUACGGCACCGUCGUGCAUCGAGGGUCCAUGGAGGUGCUAUCUGUUGAUGCUGCAAGGGAGCUCUCGAAGAAGAGCAGCGAACCGUCGUUUAUGAAGUACUUUCGAAUGGGAAGCAAUUUGUCCGCAGGAGGGCCGGGUGUAAAUGCAGAAGACAACUUGGUGUUGUCCAAGGACAGCACGAUCCGGCCCAGCACAGCUACAACCGACGUACAGUCUAUCACCCAAGACCUACUAAACCUUGAGACCACAUACAACGCCGAUCGCGCCGCCCUCGAGAAGGCCUACCUCAUGGAGAAGAGUCGCUUGGAGUCCAUGCUGUCGGCCGCAACCGCGCAUCAUUAACGGCGAACCUAUACA